GUUUGGAACAAUGAUGACAUUUAGGGUGGGUAGAAGGAAUUCUUUCCCAUCAUAGGAAAGUAAAUAUUGACCAUUAGAUAAACUAGAGAUGUAUUUCUGUUAACCCAAAUAUAUAUAUACCACAUUAAUGUAUGAGAAUUUCUCUUUUUGCAAAGAGUAGUAUUUCUGUUUGUACCACGUUUUUGUUGUGAAGGAGGCAGCACGAGAGUUCAGAGAGAAGUGAUCCCAAAAAAGACAAGCUUUACCUUCUUUAAUCUGAGUUGAGAGUCGCGUUCUCCAUUGAACUGAACGACGUCGUUCUCUACCAAUUCAAAUCUUCACAUAUGUCAACGGAACCUUCCAAGCAGUGGCAAUGGGAGAACGCCACUGCCGGCGCCGCCGCUGGAUUCGCCACCGUCGCCGUCAUGCAUCCCCUCGACGUUGUCCGAACUAGGUUUCAAGUUAACGAUGGUCGAGCCUCUCAUCUUCCCAGUUAUAAGAACACUGCUCAUGCCAUUUUCACCAUUACUCGUAUCGAGGGAUUAAGAGGGCUAUAUGCAGGCUUUCUUCCUGGGGUUCUUGGGUCAACUUUAUCAUGGGGUUUAUAUUUCUUUUUCUAUGAGAGAGCUAAACAAAGAUAUGCUAGGAGCAGAGAGGAGAAGUUGAGCCCAGGUCUUCAUCUUGCCUCAGCUGCGGAAGCAGGAGCUUUGGUUUCCUUGUUCACAAAUCCUGUUUGGCUAGUGAAGACAAGAUUACAGCUUCAGACUCCUAUUCAUCAGACACGGCCAUACUCUGGGCUAUAUGAUGCAUUUAGGACCAUAAUGAGGGAAGAAGGAUUUAGUGCACUUUACAGAGGGAUUGUUCCUGGUCUAUUUCUGCAGGUCUCUCAUGGUGCUAUUCAAUUCACAGCAUACGAAGAGCUUCGUAAAACUAUUGUUGAUUUGAAGAGCAAGGGAAGUGACAAACAACAUCAAAACCCUGAUCAACUCUUGAAUUCUGUUGAUUAUGCUGUUCUUGGAGCAACAUCAAAAGUUGCUGCAAUACUCCUAACCUAUCCAUUUCAGGUUAUACGGUCUCGUUUGCAGCAACGACCUGGUGGUGAUGGGAUACAUAGAUAUAUGGACAGUUGGCAUGUUGUGAAAGAAACUGCACGAUUUGAAGGUGUCCGAGGUUUUUACAAGGGAAUCACACCAAACCUCCUGAAAAACGUUCCUGCUUCGUCAAUAACAUUUAUUGUUUAUGAAAAUGUUCUAAAAUUACUUAAACUGGCUAGAAGGAAUGACUGAUCAUUUUCCUAUUAAUUCAUGAUUUAUUUUUUCUUUCUCUUUUUUGGUGUUAGUCUCCUCUGAUUUGAUAUUUAUAGCAUUGAAUAAUCAAUAAUUUUUCCCAUCACUUUUUAACGAUGGGUUGCUACAUACUAUGUGAUCCAAUAAUGCGAAUACUUGUAAUUUUAUCAACGAAAUUUCUUUACCUUUUUGUAA